AAAACGCUAAGGGAAAAAAUCUUUAGAAUCGAAUUCGAACAAUUCAAACACACACACAUCGUGCUGUACCGUUCACACACCGCAUCGCAGUACAGUACCGCAGUGCGUGCGAGUGAGACGACCAGAAUAUCGGCAGAUAACAUACAUUUGUGUACCUACCUCUCUUCCAAGUGGUGAGUUGAAUGCCGAUUAUGCACCCUGCACGCGUCGCACCGAGCAUUGUAUGCAAUAAGUAAAGUGCAUUGCAGCGAACUGAAAAAAAAACAUAGUGAAACUAGAAACCCCUGGAAAUUCUCUAUCUGAAAGGACCCAAUAGAAGCCCUCCUUCAACAUAUCCUCCAUUCGACUAAGAUUUAUGGCGGGAACUCAAACGGAGUGUGCGCACAGGUCACUAACAAGUCGGUGCGACCCCAACUGCGGUCGACUUGUUUAUUAAGAGCGAACAAACGAAUAAAAAUAAAAACAAAAAAAUAUAUAUGUAAUAUCUUGUGGCAGAAGAGCGAGUGGAGUGAUGAGCGAAUCUCUGACUUCUCAAGUGGAGGAGACCAAGGUGUCCGAUGAAGAUGGCGCAAAAGAGAAAGCUGAAGUGUCCACGGCCAAAGAAACCGCUGGAUCGGCCAUGAAUGUGGACACAAAUGACACUGGUGGGCAGCAGCAGGUACAGAGUGACCCGGGAGAUAAGGAGAAAACUGUCACGGUGGAUAUAAACACACUUACACCUUCGACGCCCUCUCAAACCCCGCCACAAUUGCUGGCCUCUGAAACUGCCACAUCGGGAAGCGCGGCUAUCAUCCCGGAGAACAUUUUAUCGCCGCCCAAGUCGGAAACACAGACGGAUGAAACCAACACGGCCACAUCGACAUCCUGCUCCCCGGCUUCAGAGGGUCAGCGGUCUCCUGCUGCAGAAAGCCAGCAAACGGCUCCUAAGGCGACGACGCAGCAGGAGAAGGCUCAGCCAACAGCAACAGUCAAUGGCUCCAUACCAAAGUCGGGAAAACCUCUCUCCUCAGCGCUUAGCGGAAAGAAGCCCAGCAAGGCGGCCACCACGUCACCACGAGCCUCCCGUUCCCGCAAGCCCAAGGCGUUGCCCAUGUACGAAAGCGAGAUUAGCGAUAACAAGGUCGGCAUCAAACUGUGCAUAAAGAAAUCCGACGCCGGAGAGGGUGCUCCCGCUGGGGCCACAUCUCCACCAGUCGUUGUUCCUGUGCCCUCGAAACCGGUGCGCAAGCGCGUACGCAAACCAAAGCAACAAGACAGUGAUGAGGCCGAGUAUGAACCCCGCAAGAAAAAGGGUGGGGGAGGUAGUAGCGGAGCAGAGAAAAAGGUUUCAGCGAGCUCUGACGCGGAAGCUGCCAGCGAACCGAUCGAGCAGAGUGUCUGGGCGCAAAAGCUGCCUGAGGAAGUCCUCUAUAGGAUCUUCGAACACGCAGUUGACACGCAGGGCUGUUUGCCCACCCUCUUUCGCCUUGGCAGGGUUUGCUCACUCUGGCGCCAGGUUUCCCUUAGGCCCACUCUUUGGCGAACCAUGGAUCUGACCACUUGGGUCAAGGAGAAGUAUCGCACUGAACUAAAACUCAAGUGGUUUGUAGACAACCGCUGCAGUGCCUGUACAGAGCUGAAUGUUUCCAAUUGGAAAAUAUCAGACAUAAAUUGCUUCCUUGCCAAGUUGUCAGCCGGUUGCCCGAAUCUGGCUGGCAUUACGCUCUCCGGCUGGAAAGGUUUCACCUCAGAUCAUUUGACGUAUUUAGUGGAUAACAUGCACAAGUUGCAGCGCUUAGACUUGAGCUCCAUUAAUGUUGAGAUGAAUGCAAGCAAAAGUGCAGUUGGUGUCAACUCCCUGUGCAAUGCAUUGCAGACCAUGGGCAGCCGUCUAACGCAUCUUUACUUGGCGCACAAUCGUCUAGCGGGUAUUCCGCAAAUAGUCGGAAUUCUUUCGACGCACUGUCCGAAUCUAACGUUAUUGGAUCUCUCGAAUGUGACCACUCAGGCCACUUCACACGGUGUACUCCACAUUGAAAAGUUGCAGCGCGGUUGCCAGAAACUAAAGGUCCUGCGGGUGACAAACUCUCACAUUACACCAAGCACGGCAUCAAUGCAGGAAAUUAUGGACUCUCCUGGCUUUCCAGAGCUGGAAGAACUGUCGGUGGCUGCCUUGACGGAUGAAUCACGCAUCAUCAGCGACGAUCACCUACAGCGCAUCCUGAAGAGCAGCUCUAAGCUCAAGCUGCUUGACGUGCGCAAUUGCACAAGGCUGACACACGAGAGCCUUAUCCGUCUACCAGCGUGGGAUAUCAAGCAUUUAUUCCUGUCAGGGUGCUCAGUAACUCGGGACAUGGGAUCGGGCCUCGAACUCAUUGCCUCUAAGUGGGCCCACAGUCUUAUUGAACUGGAUCUGGCUUGGGCGAAUAUGCAACAACCUAUUGAUAAUGCGCUUCGCGCACUCGCUGAGAAAGGCAGGGAGUCCCCGAUGGCUCAUUUAAAUCUUUGCGGCUCCUCCGUUUCCGAUGAGGCGGUUAAGGAAAUACUGACGAACUGCCGGAAGAUGAGCUCUAUUAAUCUGGCAUCGUGCCGCGGAUUGCCGCGUGGAGUAAAGCGCCUGAUGCAGGGACCUCAGGAGUUGGGUGAACUACGAGAGGUUCUGGGCGUACAGCUGAAGAACAGUAGCGGGAGCAACUAAUCCAGUCAGUGGCCGAGUCCACACAUCGGUUUUAUUGUUGAUCAUGCGGGCCAAGUUUAAAUGUAAUUUAAAUUGUUGCAUCCCUCUCCGCGCGAAAGGCGUUAAGCGCUUUUGUUGAUUUUGUAAAGUAGUCCGCAAACAAAUUGCAAUAUUUGCAUAUUUGCAAUCGCUUGCAUCUUCCAAUAAUGCUUAUCUUGUUUAUAGGCCUUAGGGUUUAAUUAUUGUACUAUUGUACUAGUUUAGUAUUCUCUGCACAGUGGCAGCCGUGAGUUUCUCCCUUCUUGGAGGUUCCCGCAUUAGAUGCUGUGUAAAAGAGCAACCUUUUGUAAAUGCAAUAUGUAUUCAUAAUUUAGUUGAUUCGAAUUUUUUGCAGCGAGAAAAUCAUUCACUUUCGAAGCCGACCCGAUUGUAUCGAUUUUCAUUGAUUUUUUUUAGUACAUAUAUAAUUAUAUAUAUUUACUGAUUUAUUGUUAGUUAAGUCCGACCAUUGAGCGUUUGUAAAGUAUGUAUACAAGAAUUUAAAAUAAGUUUAAAGUGUAUGAUGAUUCGCAAUACAAAAAUGAUAUAUUUACCGUAAAGUAGUCGUCAAUUCAAAGUCGCUAAGGCAAUUUGUAGAAUGUUUUAACCCGAUAGAAUUGUACAUAUUGGCGUUAGAGAAACUUUCUGAUUGGAUGUUUUUAUAAAAAAAAUAACCACUUAUAAAAGUAACGCAUAUAACACACAUACAUAACAUAAAGUAAAACAAUUCAAUUGUUAAGCAUUAUUAGCAGUUAAGAGACGGCAAUUAAAGGUACAUUUAAUUUAAAAUAAACGCAAACAUUUUCAAUCCUACGACCAGA